AGCUGUACAUGUGCUGUGAUAACAUUUACUGUGUCAGAAGUUGCAGGACAUCUUUUAAACCCACAAGUCUUGCUUGGUGUAUAUGAGUUUGUCUGUCUCUUUGGCUGACUGUUGAACGAUGGAGCUGCAGCAGAAGCAUUGUGUGUCAUUAAAUGUGUAUGACAUUCAAGAACAAAGAAAGACUGAGGACAUCUAUCAGACUCUGCAGACCCCACCAACAGUAAUCACAAGAAAAGCUUCAGGGAAAAAGAUAACUGUUCCACUCCUCAUCAUAAACAUCGUCUUACUGACCACCAUCCUUUUGGUUGUGGGGAUACACUUUUACCAUUUUAGACAAACAGAGGAAGAAAAAGUGUUAAAUGCCCAGAAGAUAAACCAAGAUUACCACUUUAGACAAAUAGAGGAAGAAAAAGUGUUAAAUGACCAGAAGAUGAACCAAGAGAUCUGGUAUCUCUAUGAUGGCAUGUUCUAUUUGUUCUGGAAUAACCACAGUGACUGCAAUACUGCUUAUGAGUUUUGUCAGGAGCGGCGCGCCGAAAUUGCCACUGUAACAGCAGACAACAGGGACUGGCUGCAAUCACAAAUCAAUGGAAAGCACUUGCUAGUGCAAAGGGGUGACUUGGAUUACCAUGAUAUGCAUGCAUGGAUGUAUAUGGAUUUGAAGCCUAACUGUACAACGUUUGGUGAGUUGUCUGAUCUCAGUGAGCAGUCAGAGGGAUGGGUGUGUGCUUAUGACCAAAGGUAUUUCAGGAAUUAGAAGAUAAAACAGAGAGAAUACUUGAUCUCCUUGAUGUCCUUAUAAAUAUUUAUCGCAGGC